AUGGCCGACUCGCACGAGGGAAAGCCUCACGCCGUCGAGGUCAGCUCUCCGGCCCCAGAAGAGCAUACCAGCAUCGGCCGCUACCUCGUCACGCGCGUCACCUCGCUGGUGCCGCCCAUGAACCGCGCCCCCAACCCCAUCAAGGCCCUGAUGCUGCUCAAUCGCCAGAACUGGCUCUUCUUCCUGAUCGCCUUCCUCGGCUGGACAUGGGACUCGUUCGAUUUCUUCUCCGUCUCCAUCUCUGUCACCAGCCUGGCCAAGUACUUUGGCAAGUCCAACUCCGACAUCACCUGGGGCAUCACCCUCGUGCUGAUGCUCCGCUCCGUCGGGGCCAUCAUCUUUGGUAUCGCGUCGGAUCGCUACGGUCGAAAAUGGCCGUUCGUGGUCAAUAACAUCCUGUUCAUCGUCCUGGAGCUGGGCACCGGCUUCGCGCAGACCUACCAAGGCUUCCUGGCCUGCCGCGCCCUGUUUGGAAUCGCCAUGGGCGGUUUGUACGGCAACGUUGCUGCCACCGCCCUGGAGGACUGUCCCGAAGAAGCCCGUGGAAUCGUGUCCGGCAUGCUGCAGCAAGGCUAUGCCUUUGGAUAUCUGUUGGUCACGGCCUUUGCCCGUGGUCUGGUCGACACCACCCCGCAUGGCUGGCGACCCCUCUUCUGGUUCGGUGCUUGCCCGCCCGUGCUGUUCAUCAUCUUCCGUCUCUGUCUGCCCGAGACCAAGGCGUAUCAGAGCCGCGAAAGGGUGCGGAAGGGAUUGACCGGCGGCGUCACCUCGACAUUCCUGUCCGAAGGCAAAGUGGCCGUCAAGCAUCAUUGGCUUCUGCUGAUCUAUCUGGUCCUCCUGAUGACGGGCUUUAACUUCAUGUCCCAUGGCUCUCAGGAUCUGUACCCAACCCUCCUCCAGGCGCAAUUCAACUUCUCUUCCAAUGCCGUGACGGUAACGCAGGUCGUUGCGAAUUUGGGCGCCAUGGCUGGUGGCACGCUCUGCGGGUGGGCGAGCCAGAUCUUUGGCCGACGCUUUUCGAUCAUUGCCAUCUGCAUUGUCGGCGGCGCUCUGCUGUACCCCUACACGUUCGUGACCUCGACCUCGGUCAUGGCGGCGGCCUUCUUCGAACAGUUCUGUGUCCAGGGCGCCUGGGGGGUCAUUCCCAUCCAUCUGAUGGAACUGGCUCCGGGUCCGAUCCGGACAUUCGUCGUCGGUACCGCGUACCAGCUCGGCAAUCUCGUCUCCUCCGCCAGCUCCACCAUUGAAUCGACCAUUGGCGAGCGCUUUCCGCUGCCGCCUACCAAGUCCGUGCCGCACCGGUACGAGUACGGCAAGGUCAUCUGCAUCUUCAUGGGCUGUGUGUACGCAUAUACGAUCAUCGUCACCUUCAUUGGACCGGAACGACUGGGGAGGGAGUUUGAUGCCCAGCAUGACAGCGAUUUGGCCGAGGUGGCCCAGAAAAGGACGGCACACGCAGAUGACAUCGACCCGGAAAAGGCGACUAGCACGCAGCAAGCAUGA